UGAGGUUCGAGGUGCCCCACUACUGGAGCCAUCACAGAACGUGUCUUCUGGAAACUGUAAGCGUGUGGUAAGACGUUCCAUGGUCAGUUGGUGUCUCGACGAAGGUUCGGUAAAGAUCGCCGGAUCGAAGCUGCGAGAAUUAAUACGCCAAAGUUGAUCGCAACCUGUUGAAAAAUCCGAACAAUUAUUGCUUCCAAAUACAAAGCAGAUAACAGUGCUCGCGGUAUAUGUUAACGAUGGACGAUAGAUAUAUAGCGUUUGAAAUAAAAAAAAAGAUAUAAAUAAACCAUGUGAUAUCGAUAGUAACAAAGUGAAAAACGAGCACUUAUUCGCGGAAGUUUCGUUGAUCUUCAUCUGAAUUUCAUCAAGUCCAUUGAUUAAUGAAGCGGUGCGCAAACGCAAUCUGUUAUCACCGGUUCGACGAUUGCUGAACGACCAAGGUGCAAGGUUUUACGAUGGCUAAGGCUAUUUUGAUUGUGUUGCUGCCGCAGCUACUAUGCACGUUGUUAGAAGUAUCCGGACAACAAUCACCAUGCCCUGAAUAUUUUACAUAUAUACUCGAUUCUGCAACGAAUCAAGUGAUGGGUCAGAUCCAAAUCCCAUCCCCGCCAAAAAACGUCGAACUUCAUUUGAAAGUGGCAUUAAGCAUUGGUGUUGCGUUACCCACGAACUAUGUCGGUCAAUUAAAAUUGGCGCAAUCAAAAGAGGAGUCUGUUCGAUUAGUUGAAAGGGGUAAACCUUUGUUGUACCAUCUUCAUUUUCCUUUGCUUCAACCGAUUCCAUCACUGACCGGAAUGUGGUUUAACCGUCAACGAUAUUGUUCAGGUCCUCGUGCAACGGGACAAGUCGUCACUUCCAUCACGCUGGAACACACUUUGUAUCCGCCUCCUGUGUUGCCGCUAUCGCAUAAUUCCUAUGAUGAUUUUCCGCCGGACACAAUUUUCAACCCCUUUUGGUCUUCACAGACAACCAAGCGACCGCCUCCUCCAAUUUCGUAUCCAUCUAUUACUCAAUAUCCGGUAUAUCAACCCACUACUACUAAACAGCCGAUAUAUCAAUUCACUACCACUCAACGUCCGAUAUAUCAACCCAUUACUCAACGUCCGAUAUAUCAACCCACUACCACUCAACGUCCGAUAUAUCAACCCACUACCACUCAACGUCCGAUAUAUCAAUCCACUACAACUCGGAGAACGACGAAGAAACCUACCGUUAUUACUCAACGUCCGACCUUUUCUGAUCAGAUCAACAACAAUCCAUUUUUAAGGCCACCACCUGUUCAACAAAGUUAUAUCUAUGAAUGCGGUAUCAGCAAUCAGCCAAUCACCAACAAUAUUAAUCCGCUAAUCUCCAAGGGAAUGAAGACAUCACCGGGUCAGUGGCCGUGGUUAGUGGCCCUUUUUCUCGUGAAAAUCAAGUUUGAGUUUCAAUGUGCCGGAUCCAUUCUGACUCAAAAACACGUUAUAACAGCGGCACACUGUUUUAAGCUGGACGCCCAAACCAAUAUCCCUCCCAGUGCGAUGUUGGCCUCUUUGGGACGAUAUCGUUUGCAGGAGUGGCAUGAAGCGGGAUCCCUGAAUAUUGAGAUUGCGAGCUAUACGCUCCAUCCCGACUACAAUCACGGAGGCAGUGGUGACUCUGAUUUGGCGAUUUUGACUUUGAGGACUCCCGUCGAGUUCAGUCCUAGGAUCAAACCUAUUUGUAUGUGGUAUGACUCGAUCGAUCUGCAGAGCGUCGUCGACAAGACAGGAUAUGUUGUAGGGUGGGGUAAGGACGAGUUGGGCCAUCCUUAUGUCCAGGAACCGCGAAUGGCAAAGGUGCCGAUAGUGAGUCAGGAGUCAUGUCUUUGGAGUGACCAGCGUUUCGUCAGCUUCACUUCGAAUCGCACUUUUUGCGCUGGUAUGCGAGAUGGCAGUGGUCCUUGCAAUGGUGAUAGUGGAAGCGGACUGAUGCUUUAUGAUUCUUCCACGGGUCGUUAUCAACUGCGCGGCAUCGUUUCACGAUCGCUGUUCGAUUAUAAUGAGCAGACUUGCGAUCUCACACAGUACGUCGUCUUCGUUGACGUAGCAAAAUAUUUGUCCUGGAUUUACCAACAGAUCUCUAUGUAAUAUACUCUCAUAAUCUUACCGCAGAUGUAUAAAAUGUGCUAGUCGACAAGUUUUUCUACAUAAAUUUAUAUAGAGCUAGAACAAAUAUAACUUAAGGAUUAGUAUAGUUUAAAAUAUUUCUAUCUUAUUGUUAGACUUUUACAUUGAUCCUAUCAUGUGCAUUUAUCGUGAUACUAAAACGAAAUAUAUAUGUGUAAAAA